AUGGCUACUCAGAAUGGCACCACCGCCAAUGAUUUCACCGUCAAGGCCGGUCUGGCGCAGAUGUUGAAGGGUGGCGUGAUCAUGGAUGUGGUCGACGCAGAGCAGGCCCGCAUUGCUGAAGAGGCCGGUGCCGCCGCCGUCAUGGCCCUCGAGCGAGUCCCCGCCGAUAUCCGUGUCCAGGGAGGCGUGGCGCGCAUGUCCGACCCCAGCAUGAUCAAGGGCAUUAUGGACGCCGUGACCAUCCCGGUGAUGGCCAAAGCUCGCAUUGGACACUUUGUGGAAUGCCAGAUCCUCGAGUCCAUUGGCGUGGACUACAUCGACGAGUCCGAGGUCCUGACCCCCGCCGACGAUGUCUACCAUGUCACCAAGACCCCCUUCAAGGUGCCCUUCGUCUGCGGCUGUCGCAACCUGGGCGAGGCCCUGCGCCGCAUCUCCGAGGGUGCCGCCAUGAUCCGCACCAAGGGCGAGGCAGGCACUGGUGACGUUGUCGAGGCCGUAAAGCACAUGCGCACCGUGAACGCGCAGAUCAGCCGUGCCCGCGGCAUCUUGCUGGCCAGCCAGGACCCCGAGCCCGAGCUGCGCGCUUUCGCUCGUGAGCUGGAGGCCCCCUACGAGCUCCUUCGUGAGGCCGCCGAGAAGGGCCGUCUCCCCGUGGUCAACUUCGCUGCCGGUGGUGUGGCCACCCCCGCCGAUGCGGCGCUGAUGAUGCAGCUGGGCUGUGACGGUGUCUUCGUCGGCUCCGGCAUUUUCAAGUCUGGUGACGCCAAGAAGCGUGCUCGCGCCAUUGUGCAGGCCGUCACUCACUACAAGGACCCCAAGGUUCUGGCUCAGGUCAGCGAGGGCCUGGGUGAGGCCAUGGUCGGCAUUAAUGUGCAGAAGAUGGACGAGGGCGAGAAGCUGGCCAAGCGCGGCUGGUAG